CUGGUGGAAGAGGAGGAUCCUCAUAUGAAAGUCUCUCUUGGUAGCAGCGAUAUGGGCGUCUCUGCCCACCUACAGUCCUCUAAGACAGGGACCACAAGAUUUUUCACCAGCAAUACUCACAGUUCUGUGGUAUUACAGGGUUUUGACCAACUGCGGGUGGAAGGGUUGCUGUGUGAUGUGACGCUCGUUCCAGGAGAUGGUGAUGAAGUGUUUCCUGUGCACAGAGCGAUGAUGGCUUCUGCAAGUGAUUACUUCAAGGCUAUGUUCACAGGAGGAAUGAAGGAACAGGAUUUAAUGUGCAUUAAGCUUCACGGUGUGAACAAAAUAGGCCUAAAGAAGAUUAUUGAUUUCAUUUAUACUGCAAAACUUUCCCUUAAUAUGGACAACCUUCAGGACACUCUGGAAGCUGCCAGUUUUUUGCAGAUUUUACCUGUUUUGGACUUCUGUAAAGUGUUUCUUAUCUCUGGGGUUUCGUUGGAAAACUGUGUUGAGGUUGGGCGAAUUGCCAACACGUACAAUCUCACAGAAGUGGAUAAAUACGUUAAUAAUUUCAUCCUGAAGAACUUCCCCGCAUUAUUAAGUACUGGUGAAUUUGUGAAACUCCCCUUUGAACGUCUUGCCUUUGUGCUUUCAAGUAAUAGCCUUAAGCACUGCACUGAACUCGAACUCUUCAAGGCGGCUUGUCGCUGGCUACGGUAUGAGGAGCCUCGGAUGGAGUACGCUGCAAAGCUGAUGAAGAACAUCAGGUUUCCGCUGAUGACGCCCCAGGAUCUCAUUAACUAUGUUCAAACGGUGGACUUCAUGAGAACCGACAACACCUGUGUGAACUUGCUGUUGGAAGCCAGCAAUUACCAAAUGAUGCCAUACAUGCAGCCGGUCAUGCAGUCGGAGAGAACUGCCAUUCGCUCGGACAGCACCCACUUGGUGACCUUGGGGGGAGUGCUGAGGCAGCAGCUGGUUGUCAGCAAGGAGUUACGGAUGUAUGACGAGAAGGCCCACGAGUGGAAGUCCUUAGCUCCCAUGGAUGCACCGAGGUACCAGCACGGCAUCGCCGUGAUCGGAAACUUCCUUUACGUAGUUGGAGGCCAGAGCAAUUACGACACGAAAGGAAAGACGGCGGUGGACACGGUGUUUAGGUUCGAUCCUCGCUACAACAAGUGGAUGCAAGUCGCAUCUUUAAACGAGAAGCGCACCUUCUUCCACCUAAGUGCCCUCAAAGGACAUUUGUAUGCAGUCGGUGGUCGGAACGCAGCGGGCGAGCUCG